CGGGGGUAGGCCAGUCGGACUGCGCCAUCGUUCCAUCCCUCCUCCACUGACUGCCUCGAUACCUGAACGAGCAGUGAGGCGACACCAUGGCCAUUCCUUCGAAUCGCAAGGCGAUCCUGCUCGCCAUCUUUAUCGCGUUCGGUGGCUUCCUCUUUGGCUACGACAUCGGUGUCAUCUCAGGAUGUCUAAUCAUGGACGACUUCGUGGACCGCUUCGGUGAGCAGAACGCGGAUGGCUCGUUCACACUAUCGAGUUCCCGGCAAUCUAUCAUUACCUCUCUACUGUCUGCUGGAACAAUCGUGGGUGCAAUUGCGCAAGCAUUUACUUCGGACCGGUUCGGCAGGCGCGGCUCUAUUCUCACCUGGUCGUUCAUUUUCACCAUCGGAACUAUCCUCCAAACCGCCACCGUACACUCAAUCGUUCAACUCGUCAUCGGCCGCUUCAUUGCCGGUCUGGGUGUUGGCGCUCUGUCGGCCAUCGUACCCCUUUACAAUGGCGAGACCGCACCAAAGGCCCUGCGUGGCAUGCUCCUCGUGCUAUACCAAGUGCAAAUUAUUAUGGGCAUCUUCAUCUCCUACGUGAUCGACCUUGGGACGCACGCCAUCAAGGGGCCCGCAUCCUGGCGGAUUCCUGUUGGUUUGCAAAUCGCCUGGGGAAUGAUCCUCCUCUCUGGCAUCUUCUUCCUGCCGGAGUCACCGCGACACCUGAUGGGCACUGGCAGGGUCGCGGAGGCGCGCACAGUCAUCGCCGAGCUUAACAGUGUACCAGAGGACGACCCUGCAGUGAAUGACCUCAUUGAGGAACUCGAGUUCGGUAUCCACGCGGAGAACGAUGGCGGAAAGGCGACGUGGCUCGAGUGCUUCUCGUCGCGCAACUUGCUCUGGAAGCGCACGAUCAACGGCAUGAUGCUUCAGUUCAUUCAGCAGUUGAACGGGCAGAACUUUUACUACUACUACGGCGAUACCUUCUUUAAGAGCGCCGGUACGGAGCUGUCCGCGUAUGUCAUCCAGGUUAUCCUCGGCGCCGUCUCUGUCGCCGGUACCAUUCCUGCUCUAUACCUCAUUGACACCUGGGGUCGUCGGAGGUCCCUCAUGACUGGUGCCGCAUUGGAGGCGGGUUGUGCACUCAUCGCCGGUCUUGUCGGCCACUUCCUGCUCGCGCCCACUGGCACGCCCACUGACCAGCUGACCCCGACGAACAAGGCGGGCGGCAAUGUUCUCAUCGCGUUUGCCGUCCUGCAUGUCCUGUUCUACUCGAUCUUCUGGGGCCCGACGCCAUGGGUGUACCUCGGCGAGUCGUUCCCUCUGCGUGUCCGACCGAAAGGCAUUGCCCUCGGAUCCGCGACGAACUGGGUGUGGAACUUCCUGCUCUCGUUCUUCUCUCCGAGAAUCGCGGACGACAUCGGCCCACUCAUCCUCCUCAUCUUCUGCGGCAUGCUCGUCUUCGGCUUCGUCUACGUCUACCUCUUCAUCCCAGAGACGAAGGGCCUCUCGCUCGAGGAGGUCGACGAGCUCUACCGCGCGCGCGUCCUGCCCUGGAAGUCGGGCAGCUGGCGCCCGGCCGAGAAGCAUAUCCACGACAAGACCGACGCGGACUCGAAGGCCACAGAGCUCCGGGAGGAGAAGGGCAAGGGCGAAGAUGCUUGACGUCGGUUAUGAUUUCACGAUUGCUGCAACGUGUUUGUUUGCCACUGCUGUCUGUAUUAUAGCAUGUAUCACAAGACUAUUCUUUCACCCUUUAGGGUGUUCGUGAA